AAUUAACGACUUCGUGCUUUACCCUUCUCUCUCGUUCUCUCUCGUUCUCUCAUCUAUUUCGUGCUCUCCCUCUCAGUAGUUGCAGAUUUGGAAUUAUUAGGGUUCUUUCUCGGAUUUGAGUUACAUUAAGCUUUGUGGAGUACUAUUGUGUUAUGACUAACAAUACGAAGGCUAACGAGACUGUAAUAUUGGAAGAGAAGAUUGAAGUGGAAGAUGGUUAUGGAGAUUAUAUGAGAUUGGAGGAUUCAAACAAUGGUGAAAAUGGCGUUAUUCCAGAAGUUGAGACUCCAAACCGUAGAAUCGGAAGAUCGCGGUGGUUUUGGGCAAAAUGGAUUGCAUUAUGUGUCUCUUUUGGGGUUUUGAUUGUAGUCACGGUCAAAUGGGCUGGACCCUUCUUCAUGAGGGUGGAAGUUAUCCCUUUUAUAAAUUGGGAGAUGGAAACUUUCAGCACUCCUGCUUUGGCAGCUAUCGUAGUUGCGACAGUGGCAUUAUUACCUGCUUUAUUUUUGCCAACAACGCCUUCUAUGUGGGUGGCUGGAAUGACUUUUGGAUAUGUGAACGGGUUCCUACUAAUCAUAGCUGGGGUGGCUGCGGGAGUGUCAAUACCUUAUUUCGUUGGCUCUCUGUUUAACAAUAGAAUCCAGAGAUGGUUGGAUAAGCAUCCAAAGCAGGCUUCCAUUGUAAGACUAGCUGGAGAUGGAAAUUGGUUUCAUCAGUUUAAAGCCGUCACCUUGAUUAGACUUUCCCCAUUUCCAUAUGUUCUAUUUAACUAUGUAGCAGUGGCCACAGAUGUGAAGUAUUGCCCUUACUUAUUGGGGUCGUUGUUGGGAAUGGUGCCUGAAAUAUUUCUUGCAAUCUACAGUGGAAUUUUAAUACAGACUAUGGCUGAUGCUACACGAGGUCAUAAAUCCAUUUCCACACUGCAGAAAGCAUUUGAUAUUACUGGGUUUUGCGCCAGCGUCACUGCUACAAUAGUUAUUGGGAUUUAUGCCAAUAAGAAAAUAAAAAAGCUACAUGACAAAGAAGAGCCACAACUGGGAUAACUCUGAAUUUUUAAUACAGAGGACAUACAGAUUGCAAAGACUAUAUUGGGUUAAGACAUCUGGGGACAUCAUAUUUGUAUUGUACAUGUAUGACUUGUAGAUACUGUUGGUUUGUUAUCCAAUGAAGGAUCUGGGAAAUAUAUGGCCACAGAAAUGUAAAGAAGUCUGCUUAUUUUCUUUUAAUCCUUGUUUAAAGGAAGCAAUUUCAAUUUAGAUGGUAAACAUACCAUCAUUUUGAGAGCGUUCGUAAUCGGUUUUGCAAUAUAUGAAAACUGGCCGUUUGCAAGCU